AUGACGGCGUUAGUGACAUUGUUGUGUGCGUUUAGUGCUUUCGUGUGUGUGAGUGGACACGUAGCUUUAACCUACCCUCCGGCGAGGAAGUACGAUUUGGACUUCUUAGACAAUUCUAGGACGAAACCGCCAUGUGGGAUGCCAAAAGGAUCAAUAAGAACUUCAUUUUUAGCUGGAUCCAAAUUUACAGUACAUUGGCAUUUAGCUUACGCACAUCGGGGUGGAUUUAGUUUAAGGAUCUUGGAUUACUUAGAACGACCACUUUUAGAUCUUACUCCAAGAGCCGCCGGUUCUGAAUUUGUCCGAAGUGAUGUGACCGCACAAAAGUACGAAGUCAAUUUACCAAGUGACUUCACCUGUGAGAACUGCACUCUCCAGCUGCAAAGAGAAGCCGGCGAGUGGGGCGCCAACUAUCGCUUCUGGUCGUGCGCGGACAUCGACAUUGUACCGCGCAAACAAUACCACGAAACAUGUUCAGGCAAAGGUUUCCACAUACUGGGCCGGUGCAAAUGCAACAAGUUGCACAGUGGUGCACGGUGUCAGUUCUCCGACGAAUGUGCUGAAGACACCGACUGUGGGCUGAGGGGGAAAUGCGUGGAUAUCAACGCCACCGAGUCGCCGAGUAGGAUGUGCUACUGUCCACAUGGGUUCUACGGAAAGGGGUGUAAUAAAAAGGCACCUUGGAAGGACAAGACCCUCAACUUGGCAUCAUACAGUAAAAAGGAGUUGUCUAAGAACUUCUCACUUUAUUGGCGAAUCAUUAAGGAAAUGCAAGAGGUUGAGUUUAUUAUGAUGGUGAAUGGAACGUCUUAUGCUGCAAUCGGUUGGCGUCCUAAAGGAUUAAAAAAGGAGUGCAAGAAUUUCCCAGUGUUGGGCUCUGCACCUGAAACUCAAUCGGAGCCGUUGCCAAAACCGGAGCCUAAAGCUGAACCGGAACCGAAAUCAGAACCUGAACCAAGCCCUGAACCCAAAUCCGAACCGGAACCUACUCCUGAACCGAAAAGUGAACCUGAACCGAGCCGCGAACCCAAAACUCAGCCAGAACCUACUCCCGAACCGAAAUCUGAGCCCGAACCCACCCCUGAACCGAAAUCUGAGCCCGAACCCACCCCUGAACCGAAAUCUGAGCCUGCACCAGAACCGGAACCAACAUCGGAACCAAAACCGGAACCAUUCUCGAAAUCAGAAGACUCUACAACAGAGUCUCAGCUUUACGAAAACGAUAGAAACAAACGUGUAGCCAUGCACACAUUAGACGGGUUCGAUUUUAAGAACCUUGGCAAUGAUGUUACUGUAAAGACCAGUAUUUCCUACAAAAUAUCCAGCUCUAAAGGGCGCAAAAAGCGAGCUGCACAAGAAGUGGAAAAGUCAAACCUGGAAACAACAACUACAAUUGUAGACCGUGAAACUGAAAAUUAUCCAGUUCCCCUUCCGAUAAAACCCGCGACCAAAACGCAACCUCAGAAUAAGCCUAAAUCAUUUAAACCAAAAUCAAUAUUAGGCCCGAAACCCUUGUUAGUAUCAUCCCCAGAACCGAUACCAAAAUCACUAAACCUCACCAAUCACAUAGAACCAAAUGCAGCUCCGGAACCACAACCCAGUAUAGAACAAAACGUACCCACUCCUGAACCUAAAUCUGAACCCCUAGACACGUUUAAGCCUACAAGUGAAACAGUCGAACCUAGAGAACCUAAAUCAUUAUCACUUGAAACAAAAGUCAAACCCGAACCUGACACCCCUGAACUCGAACCGACACCAGAACCCGAAUCCGAACCUGAACCAUCCCCAGAACCUAAAUCCGAACCUGAACCGUCCCCAGAACCUAAAUCCGAACCAGAACCAUCUCCAGAACCUAAAUCUCAGCCAGAACCGUCUCCGGUACCUCUCCAGAACCUAAACCAACCUAAAUCCGAACCUGAACCGACAUCGGAACCUAAAUCCGAACCAGAACCGUCUCCGGAACCUAAAUCCAAGCCGGAACCCUCACCUGAAACUAAUUCGAAACCUGAACCUACUCCUGAACCUGAAUCUACUCCUGAACCAAACGCCGAAGCAGAUGCAGAGAAUUUUUUAGUGAAAGGCCUUUAUGAGGAAACAGGUUAUUUCCCAUCACACGAGUACGUACCGAAGUUCGAAUUCAACCCGAUGGACUGCACCGACAUCGUCAUCGGAACAGCUAGAGGAAACUACCAUCGCGUGCUUGACUAUUACACUAGAGACAGAUCGACUCCUCGUGUGGACACGUUCUGGGGCGGACACGAUGACAUCACAGCGUCAUCCGGCUUCGAAGAGAAUGGAGUCACCACUAUUAUGUUUAGGAAGAAAAUCAAGGCUAAGGAACCGACCGAUCAUUCUCUCGUGGAUGACCUGAUGCACGUGAUUUGGGCGCGUGGGCAGGAACAAGGCCUGUACGUCCAUUCACCCCCGGCUGGCCUCGCGCAGGGAGACUUCUACAGACAGGACGAGCUCAAAUACCACGGACACGGCGAUCAGAGGGGCGUGGUCGCCAUGAACUUCUUUGAGGAAGUAAAAAGUGCGUCGUCGGGCAGUAUAACCUCGCUGGGGGACAACAAAUGCGGUGCGCAGUUCAAGUUGCCAACACAGUGCGACGUGGCCAACAAGACGUGUGACUACGUGGUCUCGUGGGAGUACUUGGGUCAGAAGAGGGGCAAAGACUCCGUGAAGUUCACCAUCGUGACUAAGCAGACCAAAUACUGGACCGGUAUCGGAUUUAGUAACGACAAGAAAAUGUCCCAAACCGAUGCAGUGAUCGGGUGGGUGGACAGCAGAUCCGGAAGACCGUUCUUGAUGGACGCCUGGCUGAAUGGGUACUCGGCGCCUCGUCUGGACUCGCGGCAGGACAUAAGUCAGGCGCGAGGCGAGUCGGCCGACGGCGUGACCACAUUAAGCUUCGUUAGGAAGAGAAAUACUGGAGACAGCAAGGACUUGGCCUUCACAGAUACAGAGUGCCUUUACAUAAUGUUCGUACCGCAAGGAGGUAAUUUCGACGCCGUCAACAAACGAACGAGCAAACAUCUGCAAGUGCCGAUCGUUUCUGAUGACAGAAUCUGCAUCAAGCCAUGUGGACCUGAAGACGAAGUAACUACAGAAGCCGCGGUGCCCGGUUUGCACACCUACGCCCUAUUAAUCCGGAUCACCGGCCUCGCGGACAGCUUCCGCCCCCCGGCACCCCCCAGUCCCGAGUACGAGGAGCUGGCUCAGCGCGUGGUGAACAGCCUCGCUGCGGAACUCGCCAAGACGAAAGGCUAUAAAGAUGUGAAAGUUAACGGUUUCAUGCAAAACGAAACGAAAGCAAUGAUAGCAGAAUUGACCCUGAGGUCCAUCGAAUCGAACCUCAUCGAGGGCAGUGCGCGGUCGCUGGACGCUUCUGCGCAGAACGAGACGGAGCAAGACGACAUGGAGAAGUGGGAGAGAGCCGUGCGGGAUACCCUGGCCAAGGGCCGCGUUGGAGACUUGACCUUCGAUCCCGAGUUUUUUGGCAUCGCGUCGGAGAGAUUAAUAAGCGGUGGUGAGGAAGAAAAAGUAUCCGAGUCUGCCUUUGGAUCCGCCCUUCGCUUGUGGUUGGUCGUCGGCAGCGUCGCGGCGCUGGUCUGUCUCGCCGUCAUACAAGCUGUCUGCACUCUUGCGCAUACUAGCCGACAGAAAGACAGGAAGGAUCGUCUCAUCCCGCAAACAGUAUGGAAGGACUUCACAUCGGCGAACACCAACUACGCCUUCGAACCCUUCGAAAACGACGACAAAUACAACAGCUCUCGCCCGCCCACGAGACCCACCUCCCCGCCCCCGCCCAGACCGGAUGCCCACGGGCGAAACGGUCACCCCAAUGGCAAAACAAACGGCCACUCGAACGGGCGAGUCGUCAAAACGCCGACUGGAACCGCGAAUAGAAAGUUCCAGAAUAGUGCCGCGCAGUACUACCACGACACGCGGUCCUUGCAAAGGCCGAGAAAUCAGUAUGGGUACGCGCCCCGACCAGAUCGCAACAGCUACUCGCUGCCGCGUGGGCCGCAGUCUCCCCACUCUGUCCACAGCGCGCAUUCAGCUCACAGCGCAAGGUCCCGGGCCGAGCCAGCUCAGCCCGACUUCUACUUUAUGCCCUCGCAGCGGAAGCACGAAGAGUUCUGA